AUGUUUGACAUGCAAGUACGAAAGACCUCCGGAUCUUCCCACAUGAUCAUUGAUGAGCAAUAUGGACCUGCUCGCCAUGAAUGGUACAAGACUGUGGCUGUACUUACUAAGAAUUUUUUUGUAGGAUACGACAUAAGAAAUGCGAUGAGACUCGUCCCGCUUGCCGAAGAUGUACUAGCACUGGGCGCAAGAACACGAUCUACCAAGACAGCUGUCACAGCUGUCGAGACCACCCUGGAUAAAGUAUAUCCACUUUCGGUGACUCUGGCAGGGAGUGAACGAAUAUCGACCCCUGUAGGUUUGACAGAUGCAAGUCAGAUAGAACUGGUAUGGCGGGAACGCUGGUAUCUAGAAUUCUUCCGCAACAACACGGCACUGCAGUGCUCGGGCUUUUUCAUGCAUGACUUCUGGCAAAGAUUGGUAUACCAGAUAAGUGAGGAGGAGCCUGCCGUCCGGCAUGCCUCCAUCGCUCUGGGUGCGCUGCACUGGAACUUUGAGAGAAGCAAAACCGGCCAAGGAGAGCCGGAUCCGGUCUUUCCGCUCCAGCAAUGUAACAAGGCGAUUGCAUGUCUCCGCCUCCAGCUACAUAGCACCUCUCGGCCGUAUCGCGCCCACAUGGAGACUGGGCUAGUCACCUGCUUGUUGUUUGUAGUGCUGGCAUUCUUGCAGGGGGACGCCCAUACUGCCCGCCGACACCUGCAGUCGGGUCACAUUAUGCUUCGAGAAUGGCAAAAUACUGUCUCGGAGGAAAAUUCAGAAAUCAAAUCCACAUUGGUCAAGGCUUUCGCUCACAUGCAGCUACAUUGGUCCACUGUUGCAGAGCCUGAGACGUCUACUGGUGAAGAUGACAUGGACACCGACGAUGGUUAUAUACCCCUCAGUAAUUUCGGCUUAUCGGAAACCAUCGACAGUCUCGAGAAAGCCGGCAACCUCCUGGUGGGCCUUGGUUGGAUUGUAUUGCAGGCUCACCCACAGUUAUCCGCGAGUACGAAGGCUAACAACCUUCUCAAAUACGAGCGGUCGACUAUCUUGACGAAGCUCCAACGCUGGAUGACGGAGCUUACAUACUCCCUCGUCCGGCGCGGAGAUGUACUAAUGCCCCGUGACCGAGCCACUUUGAUGGUCUUGGAGCUCUGGAGCGAGAUCAUUUAUAUCAAGGCCUCUACGUGGUCGGAAACCAAUGAAAGGGUAUUCGACAAGUUCUAUUCAAAUUUUCAACGCGCAGUCCAAAUUGCAAAGGAGCUCCUCACUUCCAAUUCGACUCGGUCGCCAUUGCCCACCUUUUCCGUUGGGACGGGGAUUAUACCGCCACUCUUCUUUUGUGCGUCCAAAUGUCGUGAUUGGGUUCUGCGACGAGAGGCGUUGCUCUUAUUACGCGGAUGGCAACUACAAGAAGGCAUUUGGAAAACUUCUCUAACAGCCCAAAUACUGGAACAGCUCAUCCAAAUUGAAUCGGAAGGAUUUUUGCCCGAGGAUGUCAUCCCGGAAUCUGCACGUAUCGCUUCCAUGCAUGUCGAAAUUCUACAUGAGGAUCAGAAAGUUCGUCUUUGGUAUCGAAGGUCCGCGCAUUUUGAGAAGAGAUAUAUUCAACUCCUUUCCAAUCCAUAG